AUGCUGGCCACUAUGGUAAUUCCAUCACUCUCGAGGAUGCAGCUCAAUGGGUAUACUGCAUGGGUAACCACCUGCCCUGAGUGGUUUUUUAUGAUAGGAAAUCAAAAUAUUCCCUUGGCUGUCAACUGGUCACUGGAUUUGGGUAGACAGUGCUUAUCCACUGAACACCUGGUCUGUGUCCGUGUUGAACAUGCAUUUGCUGCAUUGAAAGGGCAGUUUCAAUCUCUCAAGGACCUUCAACAGAACAUCAAUUCAGCAGAUGACCUUCGAGCUGCUGUCCAUUGGAUCCAGUAUUGUCUCAUACUUCACAACAUGAUCAUUCAGUUUGAAGAACAACGUGGUCUUAAAGAGGACAAGGGCACAAUGGAUUGGGCCCAUGAAGAGGGAAAUAAUAUUCCUAUAGGGGAAGGUGAGGGGCCUGAUGGCAAUGAGCAAAUUGGUGAUAGAUUGUAUGAGGGAACUCCAGGUCAUGCUCUUUGUGAAAGGUUGAUAGAUGAACUUUUUGAUAGUUCACACUCAAGGGCACAACGUAGGCAAGGAUAG